AUGUCUCGAAGCAUCGUCAGCCAGUGCAUAUCAGCUGUCAAAUUGAUUCAAGCUGCGGGGGAUAUGGCACCAUUCCCGUAUAUCAAAGGACUAGCUAACGUCGCGGUCGUCCUGCUAGAACUACUUGAGAAGGCUGACAAGAAUAAUGCAGAUCUCAUCCAUCUUUCAAAUAGCUUGAGUAACACCCUCGUCGUUGUACGAGACACGGUCAUAGCCCACGGAGAAUCUAGCGCCCAACAUUUCAGAGAAUUUUGCGUCGAGGUGACAAACUAUCUUGCAACGGUGCUGAACGACCUCAACUCGAUCAAGAGAUCUAAAUACACCCGUGGCAUCAGACAAUAUCUACAGACAAAUGAUAUCUGUGACAAGAUUGAUGAAUACAAGCAACGUAUACGUGUAACGACCGAAACUCGAUUCAUCGCGUCGGAAGUAAACGAUUACUCUAUCGCUAUCGAGGACGCGCUUCGAACAUUGAGACACGACCUCUAUGACAUACAUGAAGAGACUCGGACCCGGUGUCGACGGAGAGCGCUAUAUCAAGACCAGAUCUACGAAAUCAUGCCCUGUGAUAUAAGCAUGAAGCAAGAAGUCUUUAAACACACACACGAGCACCUUAUGUCGGUCGACAUCAUUGAUUACUAUAGCGAGGUCGAUACCAGCGCUUCUCCAAAAUUGGUCCGGGUUUACAGAGCACGACGCGGUUCGGAAGUACAGGCUGUCAAGAUGUUAUACGAUGAUCUGCAUCAAUUUCUUUCUCUCCGGCACCCGAACAUUCCUCAACUGUUCGGAGUAUGUACUUCGUCGUCCUUUCCCGCUUUGAUUUUCCACCAGAAUGCGGCACGCAAGAAAACCGUAGAACAACAUCGGUCUUCUCUAGCUCUUCUCGAUGUCUUGAACUUUGAUCUUCAGCUUAUGUCGGAUAUGCGGUCGGCCUCAAUGUACCUACAAGAUUUCGAAGGGAUUCGUGAAUGGAUCGUAGGCCCAGACACGACCUACGUGGAUGGAAAUGGAAGAGUGAUCUAUGAUAACUUUUGUCCUUCAUUGGGCACCGAUAGUGAUGCAUGGUUGCGAAGCGUGUUUCAUCUUCUAGAGACCAAUAUCCGUCGCCCUAGCUAUAAUUUCUCGCAUCCACGGUGGAAGUCUCUCAUAAAGAGUCUCCAGAUCAUGCAAAGUCCUUCAUUCAUUCACAAGGAUAAUCUGCUACCGUUGUACGAGAUGAUAUAUGCAUUCGUUGUGGGGAAAGAAUGCAUCGUGGAUCCCGAACGCCGCGGUCUUUACGCUGGCGGCCACAUUAUCCGGGAAAAUAUCCACGACCGUCCUUCUAGUGGUACCACCCACGUUGCCUCGCUGCCGCUGGACCUUGAACCUGUUCAAUGGACAUUCUCUGACCUAGGAAUGAGAGACAAUGAAGAUAUCAUUCCUGUUGAAGGAAUUCGGGUUAAAUGGAAGCUAUCCAAUCUCAGGCACUGGGUGUGUGUCAGGCCAAGUCACCUCGCUUUUCCCGAUGCCCCAGGUUCACGACAUGGUCAAAAAAGCAUUGAACAUCUGGUUUAUGCCUGGUUUGCCCAAUGUUCGCAGCUCACAACGCCAAAAUGCCUGAUUGAUGCGCUGUUAUUGGAUGUAGAGUUCAUGGUCAAUGUUGAUUGGCGUUUUGGACAUCAAUAUGAUGUUUUCCAGCUCUGUGACACCUUCAUCGCCAGCGAUGUCGAAUUAACAGAUGACAUAUAUCUGUGUAUAUAUCCGCCCUCUCAAAGAGACGAACCCGAGUUCCGAUGGUCCUUAGACCCAGACAUAGGAGACAGUGUGUCACAUCGCGAAGCGUGGUCGGUCCUUGGGAUCGAUACCCAGAUCUACGCCGUUUAUACUACGUGUAAGCUUUUCACAGAUGUCUACAAGGACAUUCAGGAUUUGCAUCGUGCGUGCGGCUUUGACUCCUAA